CUUUUACAAACUAAAUUGGAAAUCCUCGACGUCAAGGAAAGCUUCACACGACGUUGUCACGCGUAGAUCGGACUUUUGGCAAAGGCUGCACCGCGGGUAACAUCGCCUCCACCAUGCCACGAUGAUGAUGCGUACUAACACUAGCUGCACCGAGCCAUACCGUCCAGCCGCGCACACGCCGUACGGACAUUAUGCCGCAAAGAUCACCAACUAUGGAAGUGGUGGGAACAGGAUUCUCGGCCAUCGAGCCGCGUAAGAGUCGCGCAACCGACCGGCGUGGCGCUAUCUGGAGCGAUGGCAACACACUUGGUAAUGGAACGUCGCGAGAUAAAACAAGUGUACUGGAGAUUGCAGAAGAGAGCUAUUCCAGGCCAUUCCAGACAAAACAUCGAAGGAUAGGCAUCGUCAGUAUAAGUCUCGGUACUUCUGGAGAUACGGAGUUUAUUUAUAGGAAUACAUUCUCCGGUCUGACUGUCAGCCGCGUAAACGGAGAAGGAAGCGCGAAGAAGGAUGUAAAGAAAACAUGCGGACGAGAAGCGUGCGAUAGGAGCAGAUCGUGUCGGCCGUCGUUAUUUCCUGAAAGCGUAUUAUUAAUUCCAUGCAAACGAAUGUGAGAAAAGUAUCGUCGCGAAAGGGCAUUAGUACAUUCCUGUCAUGCUUUUCUCAUCGUCAGAGUACUUAAUUCUCUCAACGAAAUAUAUAAUAAAAAGAAAAUGAAA